AUGGGCAAGGUAAAAGUAAAGAAGAAAGGCGGCGAGAAAGCGAAAUUGCUUGCUUUACCGUUCAAUACCGAUAAGGGCCAACAUAUAUUGAAAAACCCGGGCGUUGUCAAUGCUAUUAUUGAAAAGUCGGCUUUAAAAUCUACGGAUACUGUUUUUGAAGUUGGAUCUGGAACUGGUAAUUUAACGGUUAAAAUACUGGAGAAGGCGAACAAAGUUGUAGCAUGCGAAGUAGAUGGUAGGAUGGUCGCUGAAUUGAAGAAACGUGUGCUUGGGACGCCUUCACAACAAAAAUUGGAAAUACGUACUGGGGACGUGAUUAAGAUAGACUGGCCUUAUUUUGAUGUAUGUGUUGCUAAUUUGCCGUAUCAGAUAUCCUCUCCUUUUAUUUUCAAGCUGCUGCUUCAACGUCCGCUGCCAAGGUAUGCUGUUCUUAUGUUUCAAAAAGAAUUCGCUGAGCGCUUAUUGGCGAAACCGCGUGAUAAGUGUUACUGCAGGCUUUCGGUCAAUGUGCAAUUAUUGGCUGAGGUUGAACAUUUAAUGAAAGUGAACAAACGUGAGUUCCGUCCUCCCCCAAAAGUUGAUUCCGCGGUUGUACGCAUCGCGCCUCGUAACCCGCCUCCGCCAAUUAAUUAUCAGGAGUGGGACGCUCUCUUGCGGAUUACGUUUGUACGGAAAAACAAAACUCUUUCAUCAGUAUUUAAGCAUAACGAAGUCAUUUCUUUAUUAGAUAAGAACUACCGUCUUUUUUGCAACGUGAAAGGCGUAGCCUUGGAAAAAGACUUCGAUAUUAAAACCAAAAUACAAACAGUUCUCGAAAAGAGUGGAUUUGCCAAUAAAAGAGCUAGACAGUUGGAUGUAGACGAUUUUUUGGCGUUAAUGCUUGCCUUUAAUCAAAAAGAUAUACAUUUUAUCUAA